GGAGCGCGCAGGCGCGGGUCGGCGGUGAGCGGCGGGGGGGCCCGGGUCGCUUCGCGGUGCGGGCGGCCCAUGGCUGUUGGCGGCGGCGGCGGCGGGCGACGAUGACCGACUACAGUGAGGAACAGCGUAACGAGCUGGAGGCCUUGGAGUCUAUCUACCCGGACUCGUUCACAGUAUUGUCAGAAAAGCCUACAACUUUCACAAUCACUGUGACAUCUGAAGCAGGAGAAAAUGAUGAAACUGUCCAAACAACCCUUAAAUUUACCUAUAGAGAAAAAUAUCCCGAUGAAACUCCACUUUAUGAAAUUGUCUCACAGGAGAAUCUUGAUGAUAAUGAUGUCACAGACAUAAUAAAACUACUAGAACAACAGGCAGAAGAAAAUUUAGGAAUGGUAAUGAUCUUCACUCUAGUCUCAGCAGUACAGGAGAAAUUAAAUGAAAUAGUGGAUCAAAUAAAAACACGGAGAGAAGAGGAAAAGAAACAGAAGGAAAAAGAAGCAGAAGAAGAAGAGAAACAACGUUUUCAUGGCACUCCUGUUACCAUUGAGAAUUUCUUAAAUUGGAAAGCGAAGUUUGAUGCAGAACUCCUAGAAAUAAAGAGGAAAAAAAUGAAAGAAGAAGAACAAGCAGGCAAAAAUAAAUUAAGCGGGAAACAGCUGUUUGAAAUGGAUCACAACCUUGACACCUCUGACAUUCAGUUCUUGGAGGAAGCUGGAAACAGCGUGGAGGUUGAUGAAUCUUUAUUCCAAGAAAUGGAUGAUUUAGAGUUGGAGGAUGAAGAGGAUGACCCUGACUACAACCCUGUUAAUUUAGAUAGUGAUUAGACUUUUUUGAACUGGCUGUGUUGGACAUAUGUAUGGAGAGGGGGAUAGACAGGAAAGCCACAGCAUCUGUGGUUUUAGUAAUGUGCAUUGGUUUUCUUUUUUUUUCUUUUUUCCUUUUUUCCAAAGAAAAAACCAAAAUAUUUUAAAUCCAGGAGAAUGGUCUUCUGAUGACUUUCAUCAUAAAUAAAUUUACUUUAAUAUUUCACGUGAAAAAUUUGAGGAAUAUUGAUCUGUCUGAAAAUGCUAUUCUAUUUUCUCUUAUUUUUUCCUUCCCACUUUUGUAAUUGUCCUUUGAAGAGACGUGACAACAAGCAAGAAGGAAAUAUGUUACAGCAAGUGCCUACUUCUGAAGGCUGAGCAGCUGUUCUGCUAUCUUCCACCUGGGAUAUACAUGGACAGCUUUGGUGAAUAAAAAGGAUCACAUACUAUGCAGUUAUUUUUUUAUUUCUUUCUUCUGUGGAAUUUUAUAAUGCUUCAAGUAAUGGUCAGUUCUGGUGCCCCCACUUCAGCUGUAGAUAGGCAGCACUAGUCACCUUAUAAUAAGGCGUAGCCUUAUUAAAGUUUAAUGGAAACCAUUUCCAUACUAUUGCCAUAGUUGAGGAUAGUAGUUUCAAAAUGACUAGUUCAAGUCCGCAGGAAAGAAAUCAGAAUGAGAUGAAGUCCUCUUAAAAAGUUUGGCUGCUUUGUUCAGGGAGGGUUUUUUUUAUUUUGAACUUGUGCAUCAAUGAACUUCCAUGGGAAGAAGGAAAAAAAACCCCAAAAAACCACAAUCCCCAAAAAAACCCCCACCAAACCACCCUAGGAAAAUUAGUUUGCUUUUGGCAACAGACUAUGUUAAAGCACUAUCAGUGGAGUGCAGAAUGCAGUACCGGGAUUUAUAGAGUGCUUAUAGGUUUAAUGUAAUGGAUAUUCUUAUAGGCUGCCAACCGGAUAUGUCUAAAAAGAUUAGCAAAGCAUACAGUUAAGCUACACAUCAAGUCGUGGAUGUUAACCAUCCUGCAGAGUUGUUUAUGGAGCUAAUAGCUUGAUGUUAGACUCCUUUACCCUUCCCACCUCCAAAAUAACCUAAACCACUUUGAGAACCGUGGUGUUUAAACAUGCUGUGUUUGCAUCAGCUGGAAGGAUGACAGUAUAGAUGAAGAAUAGAGAACCACCAGGCACCUCAAUGAUUAAUCAGUGUGCUGAAUUUUAAAAUACUGUUAGUAGACUGCCUUAACUGCACCAGCUUCAAUCUUUGAAGAGAGUUGCACUAAAGUAUCACAGUGCUUAGAAGAAUAAUAAAUAUAUGAACUUCAAUAUUUGGAAAUUCCAUAUUCAAAGUGAGAUGUUUCAUUCUGGAAAUAAUUUAAUGGUGUAUAAGAUUCUCUGCUCAUAUUGCUUGAAAACAUCUGUUUAGGAGGAUCUCCUUCAACAUGUUUCAGUAGUCCUUUCUUUUUCUAUCCAAGGUGAAUGAGUUUCUAGUAGAUAUAAAUAAAUGUUUGAGUACCCUGUAAAUACUUUUAUAAAAUAAUUGUGCCUUUGUUCCUACUGUCCUCUAUUUGAUCUUAAUUUUGGCUACUAAAAACUCUAGACAAGUAAUGUAUGUUUCAAAGCAAUAAGCAGGAUCUGUGUUCCAGCAGAGUUACCAAAUAUAUUUAAAAAUUGUGAACAAAUGUGAUAUUAAAUCUGACUUUUCCAAAGAUACAGUUGGAUCAAAAGCUUCAUAGUGACUACAUCCAGGUUCCUGUGUAAUCACUAGGAUGUUUUAAAAUGCUCUUCAGCACUGAACUUACUUUACUUCUGGUAUGUCUCAAUUCAGCUGCAUAAAAAACAUUUAACUCCUAAGGCUGCUUUCUAUUUUCAGCUAGGUAUGUUUAAAACUGGCUUUUUUUCAUAAAAGGAGUGAAUUAGUUCUUUUUAAAUCUGGACUGAAUCCAAGAAUGCUGUGUAGUCUGUGCAAAAUGUGGUAAUCUGAGAAAAUUUUCCAAGUGGGUUACUGAUGAGACUCAUCUACAUAUGAAAAAAAGUUUCUUGUUAAUGGUAUUUAAUAAGGUUUUCUAGUCUGUUUGCACACUAACAUAUUUAUUGGUUUUCAUGCAGAGGAUGUAUAGCUUAAAAAUGUUAAAAUGAUGUCAAACCAUUUAAAAUGUGAAAAUGUGUUUUCACUACAUCUUUUAUUUCAAAGCAGAGGAAAUAAGGGUUGAAGUGACAAAAAAAUGCGUAAAGUCUGUUCCUCCAAGUCUUUGGAACAAGUUUCAGUGACUCAGUCUGAACUUCAGAUUUGUUUAGCUUUGUUAGCAGUUAACAUCUGUGAAAUAAAAGGGAAUUUGACUGAGAGU